CCCAGUGCAAAGAGGUUAGUAUUUGAUCUGCAGGAAGACAUACAUCCCCAUGAAAAAUGGACAAUCCAGACAUCUUCAUCGGCUCAAUCGAUCAAGGGACUACCAGCACCAGGUUCCUCAUUUUCAACCAAGCUGGUGAGCUAAUUGCCUCUCACCAAGUCGAGUUCACUCAGAUCUAUCCAAGCCCAGGAUGGCAUGAGCAUGAUCCCCUCGAGAUAGUCUCUUCUGUGGAGACUUGUAUUGAAGAAGCAGUCGGAAAACUCGAGGCGCAAUGGCUCUCUCGCUCAGAUAUCAAAGCAGUCGGCAUCACUAACCAGCGUGAGACCACCGUGGUAUGGGACUCGGAAACCGGCGAACCACUCUACAACGCGAUAGUCUGGACGGACACCAGAUCACAGAAUAUUGUGGACAGACUGAAGAAGGACCCGGGAGCAUCUCAGCUGCAACAGAUCUGUGGUCUUCCGCUAUCUACCUACUCUUCCUCAUCCAAGCUUCUGUGGAUGCUUGUGAACGUCCCCAAGGUUAAAGAUGCCUACGAAAGAGGCACUCUGGCUUUCGGUACGGUUGACGCAUGGCUGGUUUACAGACUUAAUGGAGGCCCUAGAGCGAAUGUCUUCGUGUCCGAUCCGACAAACGCAUCACGAACUAUGUUCAUGAAUCUGAAGACUCUCGCAUACGACGACUAUCUUCUCGGCUUCUUUGGAAUCAAAGGCAGAAUUCAUCUGCCCCGAAUUGUCCCGUCCUCGGACGCCACUGCCUAUGGUACGCUCUCCUACGGCGCACUGGCAGGUACCCCUAUCAUGGGCUGCCUUGGAGACCAAUCAGCAGCGCUAGUCGGCCAGAAGGGUUUUUCGCCUGGAAUGGCCAAGAAUACCUACGGCACCGGUUGCUUUCUUCUAUACAAUGUCGGCGACACACCAGUCAUUUCUUCGCACGGCUUACUAGCCACCGUAGCUUAUCAAUUCAACGGGAAGCCCGUAUACGCCCUUGAAGGAAGCAUUGCUGUGGGUGGGUCCGGUGUCAAGUUCCUCCAGAAUAACCUCGAGUUCUUCAAGGAGCCCAAGGAGGUGAACGAUCUGGCGCUGACUGUCAGCGACAACGGCGGCUGUGUCUUUGUCACCGCAUUCAGCGGCCUCUUCGCUCCUUACUGGAUCGACGAUGCCAAGGGAACCAUCUUUGGAGUAACCCAAUACACCCAGAAAGGCCACCUCGCCCGCGCCAUCCUCGAAGCCACCUGCUAUCAGACCAAAGCUAUUCUCGACGCCAUGGAGAAGGACAGUGGCCAUGCCUUGUCCGAGUUAGCCGUAGACGGAGGAAUGAGUAACUCAGAUCUAGCCAUGCAGAUCCAAGCCGACCUAAUCUCCAUCCCCGUCUACCGUCCCCAGAUGCGCGAGACCACAGCCCUUGGCGCUGCCAUCGCCGCCGGUCUGGCGGCAGGGGUAUGGCGCAACAUCACCGAGCUGCGCGACCUCAACCGCGGAAGUGGCAGCGGGGGCACGGUCUUCGAGCCUCGGCCGGGUAGCCGCGAGAAGGGAGCCCAGGCGUUCGCCAUGUGGGAGAAAGCGGUGGAAAUGAGUCGGGGGUGGACGGGAGAUCGCCAUCCGGGCUCGAAGGAAGAGCGUACGACUGGAAGCCUCGAGCUGCCCUCCGUAUCAAAUGGAGGUUCUGAGUCGGAUCGGCAUAGGCGAGUGGCUUUUGCUCAUCCUGCUAAGACGACCACUACUAUUGCAAAACCGGUAGGGGAGGAUCUUACCAGCACGUUGGCUGACCUGGAGGAUGCGGAUGAGGAAGAUCUAAUCCUCGAGCUACGUAGGGUGGAGAUCCUACAGAGGAUACGGAAGUUGAGAAGGGCAAAGACUGCAAUUUCUCAACAAUGGUGA